AUGCGUCCGCAACCGCAGGAGUCGACUGGCGGAGUCGCCGGUUCGCAAAACACCAAAUCUCGCGACCUUGAGACGCUCUCAUCAGCAUUGCCCUUUGGCCGGCCGGUCCCCCUGGAAGCCAUCUCCGGCCCUACCUACGUGACUGCUCAGCUGCUGGUUCAGCAGAUUGCCUACAAGCUCUCUGACAAGAUAUUCUCUUACUCCCCCGAGACCUUUGAUCUCGACAUCGCCGCCAAAAACUGGGCUGCUGAGCAGAACACCAACGUUCACGGAUACGCCCCCCAGGUUCUCCCUCUCCAGACCAGAACCGGAGCCGGCGCCCUGGCUUUGGGAUACAUCUUCUCUCCAGACUUUGACGUGUCAAAGAGACGCGUUCCUCAGACUUUACUCGCCCCCUCGGGCAGCCUUCAGCAACUACGGGGUGCUCUGGACCAGCUUUCUCUCUUGUACAGCGUUUCCAGCCCGUUUGUUGCGCACAUUGCGGCGGCCGAUUACACCGAUGCCGAUGGUCUUGUUUCCAAUCACGACAACGCCUUGAGGUUGGCCGAGGAUCUCGGCCUAGGUCUGGUCGGCAGCUCUUCCACCUAUGAGGCCCAGCACAUGUCCCUGUUGUCGACUCUGCUCGCUGCUCUCCUGCCCACGCUGCACGUUUACGAUGGCAUUCGCGUCGCCAGGGAGACGCUGCGAGUUGUCGAUGCUCUGAGCGAGUCCGGCGUCGCUGACAUAUACAACAAGCUCUUGUCCGAGGCGGGCCGGCUCAAUCCUCGUCUGGACACUGCUGGCAAGGUGGUUGAGCUGUUGAGGUUGUUCAACGACGAGCUCGGGACCGUCUACCGGCCUUUCGAAUACCAUGGCCACGAAGCCCCGGAUGUGGUGCUCGUUGCCUUUGGUAGUAUUGAAACCCAAGUUGCCAAGCAGACUCUGAGCAAGCUGGCUGCCGAUGGCGCCAGGGUCGGUGUCGUCAACGUCCGUGUCUACCGGCCCUUCAUCGAGGAGGAGUUCCUGAAAGCCAUCCCUGCCUCGGCGCGCACCAUUGCCGUUCUCGGCCAGGUUCGCGACAUUGUUGCCGUCGAGGACGACGCCACCCAGUCUGCUCUCUAUGGCGACGUCUUGACCGCCGUUACCUUCUCCGACAGGUUCGACCGAGAGCCCCAGGUUCUCGACAUGAAGUACACUCCCGCUCGGUCCUUGACUCCCCAGGCCCUGGCUGAUACGCUGCACAAACUGAUUGGCAGCGGGGAUGAAGCCACGACGGUGCCUUCUCUGAUCAGUGCGGAGCAGUAUACCUUCUGGGACGUUGACGAUUCAGCCGCUGUCAACUCUCCCGCCGCCAUCGGCCAUGUUCUGUCCAAGAAGUCCACCACCAACGUCUACGUCCACACUACGUACGAUAACCUCACUCAGGGCGGCGCCGUCCGCACGGAUGUUCGAGUUUCCAGGAAAGCCCUGGAGGCCCCUUACGACGUGUGCGAGGCCGACGUUGCUGUUGUUGGCGACGACCGUGUGCUCAGGGAGGUGGAUGUCGUGGGCAGCGUCGCCCACGGCGGCAAGAUUGUUCUCCGGUUGCCCAACUUCAAGGUUGACGAGGCUGAGAAGCGUCUCUCUGCCCCUUUCCGCAAGGCUGUUCAGGCGAAGAAUGUCCAGCUCUUUGCGUUGGACACUUCCUUCUCCCCUGCCUUUGAGAGAGAUGCCCAGUCCAAGUUGCUCCUUGAGCUGGCUUUCCUCAAAGUUGCACAGGUCGGGCUCUCUCCCGAGGUCCUCAGAGAGCUCGUCCUUGUUGAAGGCCGCCCGCACACACUGGAAGAGUGUGUUGAAGCCGUCAAUCAGUGCCUCAGCAAGAUCGAAGUGCCCGCUGCGUGGGCCGAAGUCGCGGCCGACCCCAAGCCCCCCCAGCUUCCUCUGUCGUUGCAGCCCAACAGCUUCGUUCCGUUUCAAAAGGCAGAGGCUGAGGAGGCUCUGGGGCCGCGUGACUGGCAGGCUGCCGCCAAGGGCCUCGUCUUCAAGGAAGUUUACGAGACGCGCACCGGUCUCCGACCCGAUUUGCCCGUCAAGACGGCCACCAUUCGUGUCAAGGAGAACCGUCGCCUUACGCCGUCUGACUACGACCGAAACAUUUUCCACAUCGAGUUUGAUCUCGGCGACUCUGGUCUCACUUACAAGAUUGGCGAAGCCCUCGGCAUCCACGCCGACAACGACGAGGGGCAGGUCUCGGCCUUUAUUCAGUCGUACGGCCUCGACCCGACUGAGCUGGUGCGAGUACCUGCUCGCGAGGAUGCUGAUGGGUUGGAAAUCCGGACCGUCCAUCAGGCCUUGAUGCAGAACGUCGACAUUCUCGGCAAGCCACCCAAGCGAUUCUACGAAGGCCUGGCCGAGUUUGCCACCGACGAUGCCGAAAGGAAGAAGCUCGAGGCGCUGGGCGGCUCUGCCGGGGCCGAGGACUUUAAGCGACGCUCUGAAAUAGACAUGGUGACGUAUGUCGACGUCCUGGACGAGUUCCGGUCGGCGCGGCCCAGCUUCAACAACCUCGUCAAGAUUGUCAGCCCCCUCAAGCGGCGCGAAUACUCCAUCGCCUCGGCGCAAGCCGUCACGCCCAACUCGGUGGCGCUGAUGAUUGUCGUGGUCGACUGGGUCGACAGCAAGGGCCGCACCCGGUAUGGCCAUGCCACGCGCUAUCUCAGCCGCCUGCAGCCAGGCGCGGUCGUGACGGCCUCCGUCAAGCCCUCAGUCAUGAAGCUGCCGGCCAGGGACACGGCACCGCUCAUCAUGGCAGGCCUGGGCACGGGGCUCGCCCCCUUCCGCGCGUUCGUCCAGUACCGCGCCAUGCAGAAGGCGCAGGGCAAGGAGAUUGGGGCCAUCCUCCUGUACCUGGGCUCCCGGCACCAGCGCGAGGAGUAUCUCUACGGCGAGGAGUGGGAGGCGUACCUCGCCGCCGGCGUCGUCACCCUGGUUGGCGCCGCCUUCUCUCGGGACCAGCCCCGGAAGAUCUACAUCCAGGACAGGAUGCGUCAAACCCUGGGGGACAUUGCCAGGGCGUACGUGCAGGACGGAGGCAGCUUCUACCUGUGCGGCCCUACCUGGCCGGUUCCCGAUGUGACCAAGGUUCUGGAGGAGGCCAUAGCCGCCGACGCCCAGGCUAGCGGCAAGAGGGUCGACCCCAAGAAGGAGAUUGAAAAGCUCAAGGAGGAGGGACGCUAUGUUCUCGAGGUAUAUUAG